UCCGGUGGACUAGCAGAAGUGCUACUCUCUCUCUCAGCUCUCCUCCGCGUCUCGAACGUCCCCUGACCUGUGGAGUCGCAAGUCAGUUCUGCACUGGUAUCCGCUCUGUAUGUGUUUUUCUGUGAUAUCCCGCCACCCGUUGAGUGAAACCUUCUCUUUUUGGACCAGUGCGAUUUCGUUGGCCACCGCGGACCAGCCAUGGAGGGUUAAGAUGCCACCUCAAAUGCUCAUCCUCUUUUUUGAAAAGUGUGGAAACAUGAUGUGGGAUGGAUAGACCCCCAAUUGAGACUUAUAAUAUGGCCUCCAGUGAAGCUGACCCCUCUGAUCCUCCCGGGAAUCCCCAGCCGGGUGACCUCAUCGAGAUCUUCCGGCCGGCCUAUCAGCACUGGGCGCUUUACCUGGGGGACGGUUACAUAAUCAACCUGACACCUGUCGAUGAGGGCCAGGCGGCGGCCAUGUCCAGUGUGAAGUCGGUGUUCAGCCGGAAGGCCGUCGUGCGCAUGCAGCUGCUCAAGGAGGUAGUGGGCGGAGACUCGUACCGCGUCAACAACAAGUACGACGACAACCAUACCCCCCUGCCGGUCUGUGACAUCAUACAGCGAGCGCAGCACCUCAUUGGCCAAGAGGUGUCAUAUGACCUCCUCGGGAGCAACUGUGAACACUUUGUGACGCUGCUGCGAUACGGGGAAGGAGUUUCUGAGCAGGCAACGCGAGCCAUUGGCGCCAUCAGUCUGGUUACGGCGGCGGCGAGCGCCUUCUCAGUGCUGGGCCUGAUUAACACACGCUCCAGGAACCGCCCAUUCUGACCCCUGACCUUCGGCCUCCGACCUCCCCUCAUCCUCUAAAAGAGCCAUCACAUUUGACCUCUGACCUAAGCGACUCCAUAGUGGAAUUGGACUUGAUGUAGCCGCCUGCAACGUCUUAAGACGACUGCAUAACGUGGUUAUUUCUGAGAAUCUGAUACGUUUUCAACCCGGGGUUGUGCAUACAUCAUGGUGGAAAACGUAUCAGAAUCUCAGAAAUAACCACGUUAUGCAGUCGUCUUAAGAGGGCUGCAGGCGGCUACAUCAAGUCGAAUCCACCUCAUCUUGUCCAGGAAGUGACCCCCCCCCCCCCCCCCCCCAGUUUCACCCUAAAAGAACGUUCAUGCCUUCUGACCUCUGACCUUUUGUUGAGUCCGCCCAGUCCAAGAAGCACCUCCUCUAAGCUGCAGAGACUGUACGCCUGGGAACCUGGAUAUGACAGAUUCCACCCAGCACCCUGCCUCUGCUCGAUGUUCAGUAUUCAGUGGCGGGUCUAACAGCCGCUCAAGCUAUGUAGUUUCACAAUAAGGCUGUGUCUGAAUCAUAAGUAUACAUUCUGGGCAGAGUGCAUUUUCCGGAAGUUUCGUCAGAAUAGACUGUCCAAAAGUCAUGCACUCUCACUAGAUGGGUACUUCGUUUGGCAUGAUUUCCAAGCGUGCAUCGAUGCAUCUUUUUUGGCCUCAGAUAUCCCAUAAUUCAUUGCGCAGCGCAGGUCAAGCUCCAAACCUCAUGCAAAUCGUCAAGCAACACACCCCCCUCCCUGAGUCAGGUGACGCCAACUAGUUUGUGCUGUCCAAAUGUAGGGACACUGGAAAGAACGGUACUAUCCAGCGUGCGCCCUUCACAAUUGGACACGACCUAGACCUCUGAAGUUCGCCUACCAAAAAGCUGCCAUCUUUGAGAUCUUCCGAUGUUUUCAUGGGAAAAUAACAUGGAGGUUUUGAUCAUGUUUUUACUACCCCAGAGCUAGCAUGCAAUGCAACUUGCCAUAGGUAGUUAGCUUCAAUUAACACUCCUUAUAUGAGCAAAGAUGGCAGCUUUGGAUAAUUUUUUUAAGGCGAACUUCAGAGGUCUAUGAAUGCCAUAGAAUAGGACUCAGUGUAUGGACUUACCCAGGGCCAAAGAAAGAGAGAGUUGUGAGACUCUUUGAUGUCGCCGCCACACGAUCAAAAGUUUAAAAAAAAACCUGCUCUGAAUGGCUGAAUCAUGAAAUCACAGGAGGGUGGGAUGUAAUUUCUGGAUGCUGGAUAGUGUAAUCAAUUAACUCAUUGACUACUGACCAAGAGAUUGACUGGUAAUAGUUCCAAAACUCCCAUAACCUGGAAACUGGCAUGGGAAAGCACUGCCAUUUUUUCCAUGGUCUCUUAUGGAAGUGUCACCACUCUGUUUUGUCUACUGCUCUGGACUAACCCAAGUCUGCAGAGGUUCAGAUCCAUGUUUAGUCUUUGCUGAGAAACCAAGUCUCCUCUGGCCAUGUUGUUCUCUGUUAGAUAAUCAAAUCUAGCCAUCAGUGACUACAAAUAACCAUUCAUUAAAAAAUACAAAUAUUACUGUUGAUCACCACACUCAUGACUGCAGCUGUUGAGAUUUUGCAACACUGAAAUCCCUCUCAGCUGAUAAACAGUGUUUGUUGUGCACUGGAAUUCCAAUUUGAAGGAGAAAAAAAUUUAAAGAAAAAAAAAACAUUUGAUUCAUUUAUAGAACUGAAAAACAAAAUGUAAAAAGUAGGGUGAUAGAUAUGAAAUAUAAAAAGUAAAAAGUAGGGUGAUAGAUAUGAAAUAUAAAAUGUGAUGUUUUCAUCACAGCCCAUAUGAAAAGGCCUGGUGGUUGUGUACUGUUUCUAUACAGAAUAAACUAAUGAAUGA